AUGAAUGGUAGCAGCAGUUUCAACACACAUCUUCCAAUUCUUGAAGCACGCAAUUGGGAAAGAUGGAGUGCAGUGAUGAAGAAUCUGUUUGGAGCACAAGAUUUGCUUGAAAUUGUGCAGAAUAGUGUAGGUGAAUUAGCUGCGAAUGCCACUGAAGUGCAAAGGAACGCACACAAGGAAUUGAAGAAGAAAGAUUGCAAGGCUCUGUUCUUGAUUCAACAAAGUCUUGAUGAAGGAAACUUUGAAAGAAUCUCAAAAUCACUAAGUUCAAAGGAAGCAUGGGACAUUCUUUCAAAGUACCAUGAAGGUGAUGAUAAAGUGAAGUUGAUUAAGCUUCAAUCACUGAGAAGGAAAUUUGAGCUGAUGCAAAUGGAAGAUGAUCAGAAGAUUUCUGAGUACAUCUCUAAACUCAUCAAUCUUGUGAAUCAGAUGAAGGCUUGUAGUGAAGCAAUCACUGAUCAACAGAUAGUUGAAAAGAUUAUGAGGACCCUAUCUUCAAGGUUUGAUUUCAUUGUGGUGGCAAUUCAGGAAUCAAAAGAUGUUAAGACAUUGAAGAUUGAGGAGCCGCAGAGUUCAUUAGAAGCUCAUGAAUUGAUGGUUUCAGAAAGAAGCAAUGAAAGAUCAAUUCGACAAGCCCUGCAAGUUCAAACUAUCAAGAAGGAUGAUUAUGAUAGGAAGAACUUCAAGAAAGGGAAGAAAAACUCUAAGGGAAGAAACUGGUCUAAAGGCAAGAACAAUGGAUCUGAUAAAGGUGAAUCUUCAAAGGAAGGAAAUUCUAAUCAAAAGAAGAAAGUUGAUAAGAAGAAGAUUCAGUGUUUCAAAUGUGAGAAAUUUGGACACUAUGCCUCUGAAUGUUGGUCUGGUAAAGGAAAGCAAUCAAAUAAUGAUGAAGAGGAAGCCAAAAUUGCACAAGAUGAUUCAGAUUCUGAGUCAUUAUUCAUGAUGGUUACAACAAUUAGUAAUGAGAGCUGCAAUUCAGAAAGUUGGUUCUUAGAUACUGGUUAA